AUGGUCCUCACCAGGAAAAGUUGUACUGAUGGAGAAUACGACCAAUCCUCAUUACUGAUGAGACUCCAAGAAGUGGUGCUUGAUGAACUAUUCGUUCUCCUGUUCAGUCCCUCUUUUCUGUUCUUUCUAAAGAUGGAAGAGGCUUUCGCUGGGAGAUUUGCAGGUUUCAGAGGUGCACCGUUGAAAAAUAGCAUUAGAUGUGGAAGUGUAACUGUUGACCUAGCACUUAUAUUCAAUUCCACAACAAAAGACCAAGAUGUAAUUACAGUACUUCGUAAUGCUUCCAACGAUGGGAAGCUUGGAGACUUCACUGUGAGUGCUAUAAAUAGAAAUAGAAUGCGAGUUGAUUUCGAAGUUGGAACUACUGAAGGAGGCACAGUAACGCCACCAGGCGGUGCCACAGGGAUUUUUACUGGUGCAGUGAUUGGAUCAACUGCCACAGUACUCUUUGGUGGAAUAUUUGUCUUUUUCGUAUGGAUGUUAAGAGAGCGUUGCAGCAAGGACUCAAAUGAAACAAGGAAAAAAGGAGAAACAACAGAAGAUAUAGGAAUUGUUGGUGUAGGUCGCUUGAAUAUUUUAACAAUUAACCUUACUGUUGUACGAGACCGUACAUUCUUUUUCGUUUUACCAAGAGGAUACAGCAACACUGGGAUUGAAAUGGCGGAGCCUUCUCAAAGCCAGCAGUACAUGGCGUUGGAUGAGAGGAAUCGGUCAUCUUCUAUAAUAGAUGCAGAGCGGGCGAACCUUCCACAACCUUCCGGGCCAGUAAAUGAAUACGCCUCUUUAUAUUCAACGCCACGCUGUUGGGAGAUUCCUGCAGAGCUUGUGACUAUAAAAAAAGUUGUUGGUAAAGGUGCAUUUGGUCAGGUUGCCAAAGCAAAAGUCAGAGGUCUCCUGGGGAGACCAACGACGACACUUGUGGCUGUUAAGAUGUUGAAAGAUCAAGCUCGUGAAUCGGACAGGAAGGACUUGUUGACUGAACUUCAAUUGAUGAAAGAACUCGAUGCCCAUCCUCACGUCAUUAAACUUCUGGGAUGUGUCACGAAAUCUGGACCAUUGAUGGUGUUAAUUGAAUAUGUUCCCUAUGGAGAUCUACUGGGAUACCUGAGAAAGAGCCGUGGAUUAAAUGACACUUACUUUCAAGACCCAGAUAUCAAACCAACAACAAAUCUGACUUCAAAGCAGCUGAUGAAGUUUGCGUGGCAAGUUGCCGAUGGAAUGUCAUAUUUGUCAUCGAUACCAAUUAUCCAUCGAGACCUUGCAGCUCGUAAUGUGUUGGUUGGAGAAGGGGAAACGUGCAAAGUAACAGACUUUGGUAUGGCCAGAGAUGUUCAAGAGGAUAACAUUUAUCAAAUGAAGUCAAAGGGACGUAUCCCUUUAAAAUGGACUGCUUUUGAGGCGUUGCAGUACGGAAAAUAUUCUACAAAAAGUGACGUGUGGAGCUACGGAAUUCUCCUCUAUGAGAUUUUCACGAUUGGUGGCUCACCAUAUCCAAAGAUGGAUGGAAGACAGAUUUUAACGUCACUAGAAGGGGGAUACAGAAUACCUAAACCACAACACGUGGAUGAUAAAUUGUAUGACGUAAUGACAGACUGUUGGAAAGAUGAUCCUGACUUGAGACCAUCUUUUGAGAAAUUGAAGACAAAACUGAAAGAAAUGGAAGACCAGCACAAGGGGCUGAUAAACUUGAACAAUUACGAUGAUCGACUCUACGUUAAUGUUGACGAACUUGCCGUAUAAUGGUGUGAUAAAUCUUGCAGUCCUAUGAGAUCCUAUACUAUUUUGGAUUUGACGUUACCUUUUAUUCUACUUUAAUUAAGCAAGUAUACAAAAGAUGUCUAACAGCGAAGCGAAGUAAAGUAUACCUUUCAAUCAGUUUUAAAUUUUAUUUUUAAUUUGUAGACUUCAAUAGACAAACAAUUUUGUCUAUAAACAUAUUUAGAAUUGCAACCCAUAAUUUUUCUAGCAACGUUAUAAAUUGAUAUUAUUUCAGACUAAACACCAAGCGAACACUUUUCCAGUGCAAUGAGUAAAAAGUAAAUCAGAUAUUAGUCAUGUCGAUAUAUUGGUAAUAGAAAUUAAAAUCGAACGAUAAGCCUUAAAACACGAUUUAAGUCAACACAAGUGUUUCUGACUGAAGGAAAUAUAAUUAUGUUAUUCACUAGACGGAAGGUCUGUGUUGGGUAAACCUGUGCCCACGGUUUUGG